AUGUCCACCCUGCCCAAGUCCUGGAUCACAGCUGGCAGCCGCGGCCUCUGGCAGAUCAAGGGAUGGACCACGUACUCGAGCAUCCCUUACGACGUCCUCCCACCCGUCAAUGCCGAGGACGACUUUGCCUUCCUCCGUACGCUGCGGCCUGAGCAGCCUGCGCCAUCGGCCAAUGGCACGAACGGCCACGCGGCGCACACCAACGGCGAGACAAACGGCGAGACAAACAGCGAGACAAACGGCGAGACAAACGGCGAAUCCAACGCCUGCUCCCACGGCCACCACCACACCGAGCUCGACAGCUGCUCGUCGGACGAAGAGUCCGAGUUCGAGGACGUCGAGGACAUGCAUUUUGAGGACGAGAAGAACAUUGAUGCCGAGCUGCAGAAGCGCAUCGCCGAGGCUGCCGCUCUGGGGCUCGAGAUCCCCGCGACCUUCAUCGACUUCUUCACCAACUUUCGCAAGCUCGGCAAGCAAAUCCCCACCCCGACGGCGUGCUUCUUCAGUCUUGGCACGAGUUUGAUCAAGGUCAAGGGCGCGCCGGACAACGUCCGCGCCCUCCGCUUCCUCAACGACCAGCAGAGCUGUGUCUUCUGGCUACUAGUGCUGGAGCCGGGCAAGCCGACGGCCGUUAUUAGCGGGUAUCCCCUUUGGGACGACGAGGAGGACGACGAGGACGAGGACGACGAGGCGGACGGAGCUGAGGCCAAGGAGGACGCCGCUGAGCCGGCCACGGGGGACAAGAAGGACGAGGAGGACAAGGUCGAGGUCGACAAAGACGACUGGGACGCCCAGUACCAGCUCGCCGAGCCGUCGAUCUGCGCCCCCUCCUUCCCCGAGUUCAUGAAGCGCCUCUUCCUCGAGAACACGCUCUGGUUCUCGCUUGGCGGAUGGAACGAUGAGAAUGCACCGCCCGCGGCGCUCAAGGCCGAGCUCGAAGCGUACCGCGAUGCGGCUGCCAAGGCCGUCGAGGAGGGCGAGGUGCCCGCGGCCCUAGGGGAGGACAGGUUCUAG